CAUUAAUUAGAUGGGCACCAUAACACAUUCAUUCGCCUCUUCCAAAAUAGUUGAAUUACAUUUCCUCUUCCAAAAUUUCCAAAUCAUGGCUAGUUCAAUGCUUGUCAAGGUUACUUGUUUGGCUAUGAUAUGCUUGGUUUUGGGCAUUCCACUAGCCAAUGCUGUCAUUACAUGUCCUGAUACGGAUAUAACUUUAACGGCAUGCCUUUCGUACGUAGCAUACCCAAAUCCACCUCCCCCUCAACCAUGUUGCGAUGCAGUUCUCGAUGUAACUGCCCAAGCCAGAACUCGCGAAGAUCGUCAAGCUGUUUGCAGUUGCCUCAAAGGCCUUAUGAUCGGCAUACCUGGACUCGAUCUUACCGCCUUGGCUGCCCUCCCUAAAGUCUGUGGUGCUAACAUAGGCUAUGAGAUUAGCCCUGGCAUGGACUGCAGCAAGAUAAACUAGUAUUGAGCAGCUUGAAGGGUUGGUGCUUAUUCAAUAAGUAAUACUUGGUUUGUGCUAAUAACCAAUACAGACAGAAUAAAGGAGAUGAUGUUACUCUUACAAAAAA